CUCCCCCAUGCCGCCCUCGGGGCUGCGGCUGCUGCCGCUGCUGCUGCCGCUGCUGUGGCUACUAGCGCUGACGCCUGGCCGGCCGGCCGCCGGACUGUCCACCUGCAAGACCAUCGACAUGGAGCUGGUGAAGCGGAAGCGCAUCGAGGCCAUCCGCGGCCAGAUUCUGUCCAAGCUUCGGCUCGCCAGCCCCCCGAGCCAGGGGGAGGUGCCGCCCGGCCCGCUGCCCGAGGCCGUACUGGCCCUUUACAACAGUACCCGCGACCGGGUGGCCGGGGAAAGUGCCGAACCGGAGCCUGAGCCUGAGACGGACUACUAUGCCAAGGAGGUCACCCGCGUGCUAAUGGUGGAAAACAGCAACAAAAUCUAUCAGAAAAUCAAGCGUAGCCCACACAGCAUAUAUAUGCUCUUCAACACAUCGGAGCUCCGGGAAGCGGUGCCCGAACCCGUGUUGCUGUCUCGGGCAGAGCUGCGCCUGCUGAGGCUCAAGUUAAAAGUGGAGCAGCAUGUGGAGCUGUACCAGAAAUACAGCAACGAUUCUUGGCGCUACCUCAGCAACCGGCUGCUGGCCCCCAGCGACUCACCGGAGUGGCUGUCCUUUGACGUCACUGGAGUUGUGCGGCAGUGGCUGACCCACAGAGAGGAAAUAGAGGGCUUUCGCCUCAGUGCCCACUGUUCCUGUGACAGCAAAGAUAACACACUCCAAGUGGACAUUAACGGGUUCAGUUCCAGCCGCCGGGGUGAUCUGGCCACCAUUCAUGGCAUGAACCGGCCCUUCCUGCUCCUCAUGGCCACCCCGCUGGAGAGGGCCCAGCACCUGCACAGCUCCCGGCACCGCCGAGCCCUGGACACCAACUACUGCUUCAGCUCCACGGAAAAGAACUGUUGCGUUAGGCAGCUCUACAUUGACUUCCGCAAGGACCUGGGCUGGAAGUGGAUCCACGAACCCAAGGGCUACCAUGCCAAUUUCUGCUUGGGGCCCUGCCCCUACAUCUGGAGCCUGGACACACAGUACAGCAAGGUCCUGGCCCUGUACAACCAGCACAACCCGGGCGCGUCGGCGGCGCCGUGCUGCGUGCCGCAGGCGCUGGAGCCGCUGCCCAUCGUGUACUACGUGGGCCGCAAGCCCAAGGUGGAGCAGCUGUCCAACAUGAUCGUGCGCUCCUGCAAGUGCAGCUGAGGCCCCGCCCCACCCGAAGGCCCCGCCCCACAGGCCCCGCCCACCCGGCAGGCCCGGCCCCGUCCCCGCCCCCCGCCCGCCUCAUCGGGGUUGUAUUUAAGGACACUGCGUCCCAAGUCCACCUGGGGUCCAUUAAAGGUGGAGAGAGGACUGGGUCUCUGUGUUGUUGGGUGCCUGACUGGGGUUUCCCUUCCGACGUUCCCGGACCUCCCUUCCCUCACCUGCACCUGCCUCCUCCUGUCUGUCCACCAUUCAUUUGCCCCUCCUCACGUGAAAACUUCCUUAGCGCUUGUUAUGUUCUUAACUCCUGGUGGACACUGGUUAGAUUUAUUUAUUGAGCACCUUGGACC